AUGCCGGAGUAUCAAGAGGGUGAAGACGAGCAACUCAUGAGCAACCUUUUCAAAAGUCAACAUCCGGGUUACGCGUCAGCCUAUUGGUCGGAGCAACUCUUGAGUCACGAUAACGACCCUCGUCCACCGCCCACUCCUGCGACCUCAGCAGCGCGCCCUUGCGGCCUCAAGUCUGUCCGAGCUGAUCCCCCCACCGCCGCCCCCGAAGUCCCCAAGACAUCAGACAUUCAAGCUGCUUGUAACCUGACAUAUCAUGAGUUCCCUUGUCAAUGCGAACCAAGAUGGAUAUCACCAUUUGCAUGCCAAGAUAGCGCGACUCGUUGGGUACGUGCAACAAGACAUUACCUUUCCUCUCACUUACAUGACAUUGCGAUAUUGUCGUUCAACCAUAGACCUUUUGAACCUUUCGGGUUGUUCUGA